AAAAACUGAUAGACUGUAGCUUUCACGAAUAGCAAUGCAGAAACAAACACGUGUCCAGGUUCUGGAACCUUUCCAUAUCACUCCAUAAGAGAAAUUAAACAGCACGAAAGAAUAAAUGGCUUGGUGCAUCCACCUCUACUGCACCAGCUGACACCUACCUCUCUCUCAUUGGUCAAUUUUCUCAAUCAGCCAAUCAGAUAAUUCGAUGUAUUUCAUUAUUAUUUUUUUUAUUGCCUGUAUUGGACUAACAUAGGUGGCCAUUUUGUACGCCCACUUUAACUUUUGCUGCUUCUCAAUCCAUAUAUAUGUACUCAACCUCUGCUUUUCGGGUUCGGGCCGGGUCAUUGUACUGGAUCCGCAGAUCGAUGAAUGCAAAACUUUGGUCCUUUGAUUUUUCUGGUUUUCUAGAUCGGUAGAUCUAUGCAAGGUUGGGCUAUCAGAUCUUCCGAUAAUCGGGCGUUGAUUGACCGUAUGAUGCUCAGGUUCCGUCCGAUUGCGCCGAAGCCUGUUGGCGGAGAUGCGAUCUCCGGCGCGGCGGAGCUGGACGGAGGUAACGGCGUUGGGAGAAGAACGAAGAGGAAGUAUGUCAGGGUUCGUGGCCGGCAAACUAAGGAGUCCGCUAGAAGGAAAGGCGCCGAAGGGAAGCAAAAGUCGCCGCCGGAAAACUCCGGCGUAGAGGAGGCGGAUUCGCCGGAGAAGGGGGUGGUGACGCUUCAGCUUCUGCCGGAGAGAUCUGAAAGCGAUGAACAUAAUCAUAAUAGUUCGGAUAACAGAGUUCUUCAGAGCUGGAACUCCGAUCUAAGCGACGCAGACGGCGUUAAGUACGAGCUG